CACUUGUUUCUUCCCAAGUGAUCAACAUAAUGGCAUCGAGCUCAAUGUCCUCCCGUGGGUCUGGUUCAUGGACUGCCAAGCAGAACAAAGACUUCGAAAGGGCUUUGGCCGUUUACGACAAGGACACCCCCGACCGUUGGUACAAUGUCGCCAAGGCUGUCGGAGGGAAAACUGCUGACGAAGUUAGGAAGCACUACGAGCUGCUCGUGGCCGAUGUCAAGUACAUCGAGUCCGGCCAAGUUCCCUUCCCCUAUAGGUCCUCUGCCAAUUAGCCCAAAGGAUUGGGUUUGCAUCUCAGCUACAAUAAAGAAGAACAUCUGGCACUAGUAAUAA